CUUGCGGGCGGCAGGUGCCCCCCAGCCCCCCCGGGUGGCACAGGGGCUGCACAAGGUGACCAGCCUCGCUGACCCUCUUCCUAAAACUGGCAACCCCCAAACUGGGGAGCCGGCUGCCGGGGGGGGCCAAGCCGCAGUGCCUGAUGUGAUGUGGGACGGGCUGGGGGUGGCUCCUGCAGCCUCCCUGACCUCCCACACUUCCUGCUGGCCAAGGUACAAAAGGAGAAGCAGGCAGGCACAGCGUGGUCACGGGGACACGCCAGCAUCCCCCCGGCACCCAGCGAGUGCCUCGGGGCACCCCAGGGCUCCCAGCCACAGACCCCCAGGGACAGCCAUGGCAGGGGAUGGGGAGCUCAACCGUGUCAUCAAGGACCUGCAGAGGACCGUGGCUGAGCUGAACCACAGCUACCGGGAGCAGAACCUGCCGGUGACGGAUGGGAGCCGGGAGCUGCACAGCCUCUGUGCCCAGCUGGAGUUCCUCCUCCAGUUCGACCUCAAGGAGAAGAGAAGCUUCUUUGGGCAGCGCAAGGACUACUGGGACUUCUUGUGCCAGGGCUUGGCACGGCGCCGGCAGGAGCACGAGGGUGUUCGUUUCGUCACCUCCCUGGACAAGCUGAAGACCCCUGUGGGCAGGGGCCGAGCCUUCCUGCGGUACUGCCUGGUGCACCGGCAGCUGGCAGAGUCCCUGCAGCUCUGCCUCCUUGACCCCGAGAGCCUCUGUGAGUGGUACUACGCCCGCAGCCCCUUCCUGAGCCCCCAGCGCCGGGCAGAGAUCCUGGGCAGCCUCUAUGAGCUGGACGGCGUCACCUUCCACCUGGCCCUGUGCAGGGCUGACCUGGACACCGCCUGGCCCAUGUUCUCUGAGAAACUGGUACGGCCCAGCGCAGUGGCUGGGAACAGCCUGGCAAAGACGGCCCCGCAGACAGACGAUACCGGCACCGGGGCACAUGGAUGGCCCGAUGGCAUCGCCCAUCCCACCACAGCACCCUGUGGGGUGUCAGCCCACCCAUGCCCACCCACCUUGGCUGCCCUGCAGGCGAGGAUUGUAGAGGUGGAGGAUGUGGAGUGGGACGUGGAGGAUGUGGAGGUGAGGAAGGACAUGGAAAAGAAGGAUGAAGAGGAGGUGGAGAAAGAUGAGGAUGAGGAGGAAGAGGAGGUGCAGGAUGUGGAGGUGGACAUGGAGGAGGAUGUGAAGGUGGAGGAGUAUGUGGAAGAGGAGGGUGAAGAGAAGUUGGAGGAGGAUGAGAAGGAGGUGGAGGACGUGGAUGUGGAGGAGCUGGAGGACGCACGUGGUGCUGGCAAAGCACCCCAGCCCGGUGGUGACAGGGAUCCUGGCACGUCCCCGCCGCCCAGCACCGGGUGCAUACCGGGCUCCCCACCACCGGUGCCUGGACAGCCAGACGGGACGGAGGCAUCCCUGCGGGCGCUGGUGUCCCGGCUGGAGGCCGAGCUGGGGCAGCGGGAGGCGGCAUCACGGGUGCUGGCAGCCCGGCUGGCACGGGAGGAGCGGCGGCACAGGCGGCAGGAGGAGGGCAGUGCCCGGCGGGCCCAGCUGCGGGCGCAUGAGGCUGAGGCGCUGCGGGAGACCAACAUCUUCCUGGGGCAGGCGCUGGUGGCGGCGGUGGCGGCGGGGGGCCCGGGGGUGCUGGCGCGGGCACAGGAGGAGGCACGGGGCUGGCAGGAGGUGGCAGAGGAGCGGGGCGCCCAGCUGGCCGGGGCACUGGCGGAGGCAGCGGCACUGGCCUCGCGCCUACGGGACUGCCAGGCGGCGCUGGCUGCGGCGGGACGGACGGAUGCACUGGAGGAUGCCGGUGCCACAGACGAGGUGGCCGCUGUGGAGGAGGUGCUGCGGCAGGCGCUGGAGCUCGCCCGUGGACCCCAGGAGCCCCUGACAGACCCCAAGGUGGAGGGGCAGCUCGGCACAGCUGCUGGCAUGGCCAUGCAACUGGCCACCCUGGCCGCCACGGCGUGGGAGGAGGUUCGGCAGAGCCGGCAGAAGCUCCAAGCCCAGCGGCAGGAGGUGGCACAGCUCCAGGAACAGCUCGGCAGGGCCCGGCAGGACGGCGAGCGCUGGGCAUCGGCACUGCAGCGGGCACAGCGGGAGGCCCUGGAGCGAGAGGCCACACGCGGCGCCGAGCAGGCACGACAGCAGGAGCUCAUCCGCGACAUGAAGGGGCGGCUGCUGGAGCUGCUGCGGGAGAAGGAUGCCCUGUGGCAGAAGACGGAGGGCAUCGACACCCCGAUGCCCAGCCCAUCACCCCGUGAUGCAGGGCUCUGUGCCCGCUGCCGCAAGGAUUUCCGCCGCCUCUCCCGGCGGUACGACUGCAGGCUGUGCCAGUGCAAGGUGUGCCACGCGUGCUCCGUGGACACAGGCAAGCAGGGGCGCUGCUGCCUGCUUUGCUACCAGCAAAGGCACCCGCAGGCUACGUGAGCUGGGACCGCAGCCCAUGCACCGUGCCUGGGACAUCCCCUGCCCUGGCUGCCUCCUCUCAGACUUACCCAGAUCCCAGACAUCUGGGGCCUGCAGGCAGGUCCUGCUGCCCAACAUUUUGGGUUUGAGACAUUUUUCGCGUGGCUGGUCCACAGAGAGGAAAACAAC